AUGAAGAGGGGACGUGGCAGGAAGGACACGGUGAAGGGCAAGGUGGAGGUGUCACUGACGGGGGCUGCAGGGCUAGGCAGCACAGUGAGGGGCACCAAGGUGGCGCGACUCACCGAGGGCGGGUGCGACGGGGACCGGCGGGGCAACGCUGCGGCGCUGACGGGGCGGGGGCGCUCGGGGACUCGGGGCAGCCGGGGGGAUCCACGCCGUCCCCCCUCCGGGCCGGGCCGGCUUCUUAGAGUGGCGAGCGGGCGGGCACUGGACCCUGUUGGGGCAUAUGCUGCCGAAGGCUCGGCGGCGGCCGCCCUGCUCCAUGCUGCCGCCGCGGCCCCCGACCCGACCUCGGCUCCAGCUCCAGCCCUGCUGGCUGCCCCGGCCCCGCCGGGCGCACUCCGCCCCGCGUCCCGCUCGGCACCGCCCCGCGGACAGGGGCGCGGGGAGCCGGGGCCAUGCCGGGAGUGCCAGCCCGCCUUCCCUCCUCCGGGGCGCCGAAACCUCCCGCCGUCGCCCUGGGCCGCGCCGGCGGCUCCCGCGCCCGCGGAGCCCUUCCCCGCGCCCGCGGAGCCGGGGCGGUCAGAGCGGGCCGCCCCGCAGGGAAACUCGAGCAGAGCUGCUGCCGGCCCCACCACCCCGCCCGCCCACAGGCAUCACCGUCCCCCGCCCACCCCUGCGGAUCCCUGUCGGGUAGCGUGUGGACGUCGACUUGUGGACUGGACUGGGUUUAUAAUGAUGUUUGUUAAAUGUCGUUACAGGGGUAGAGACAGUCAGCGCUGA